AUGUCGGCAUCAGCUUUAUUGUUAUUUCGCCAUACGAUUAAAUUUCAUUCCAUUCGCCAAUUCCAUAUAACAGUACGUGUACUCAACGAACGCUUCUAUACGAAAAAGCAUGAAUGGGUACAAGUGAUCAAUACUAAAAAUGAAGUUCGAAUUGGUAUCAGUGAAUUUGCUCAAAAUGCUCUCGGUGAUGUCGUUUAUUGUGAAUUGCCAGCCAUUGGCGCGAAAUUAAAACGAGAGGAAACAUUUGCGACUUUAGAAUCAGUUAAAGCUGUUGCUGAUUGUUUUAUGCCUGUUGAUGGUGAAAUAUCAAAAGUGAACGAAAAUUUAAAAACUCAAGCUGAUUUAAUUAAUAAAAGUCCAUAUAGCGAUGGUUGGCUUGUACAAGCAAUAGUUGAUGAUAAAAAUAAAAAUGAUAUGGGAAAAACAUUAAUGAACGAGGCGAAAUACAAAGAAUUCCUAGAGAAAAACAAAGACGCUGCUGAUCAUUGA